AUGUCGAGCAGCGCUACAGCUCCCAAUACCGCGUCGCCACGCACUCCUGGGACCACCGCCUCGUCGAGAGCAACAGGGGCUACGGCCACCUCUGCCUCUCGCCGCCCAAUUGCAAGCACUGCGACACCUUCGACCGCCAGAACGACGACCGCCGCCGGCCUCAGCAAGCCGCCUACACGCCCGCCAGCGUCGACCACUGCCACUGCUGGCACUGCUCGCCGCCCAACAUCCUCGUCAACCACUGCUACACACCGCAGUCGCCCCAGUGUCAGUGCUAGCGAGGAUGAGAGGAAGCCCAUUACCUCGACCACGACCGGCAGACGCACAAGCACGCUCCUGACGAGCCCGGGGAAGUCUACACCCGAGAGAAAACCACCUGUCCCUACCGCAGGUACUGCUAGGAAACCUGUUACCGCGACCAGUUCCACUGCCAGCCGAUCCUCUCUCUCUGGGACCCCGGCUCGCACGGCUACCUCUCGCUCUACUCCCACGGCCGGAACAGCCACCGCGACUAGACGAGUUUCCACUGCCGGUCUCUCUUCCGCCGCAGGACCUCGCCUGGCUGCACGCCCCGCGUCGCGAGCUGGCACCCCCAGCGAUGCAUCUCGAGAGCUCGAACAGCUCAAGUCCGAGCUCGCUUCUAAGGAGGGGGAGAUUGCCGAGCUCAACGAACACAUCAAGGCUUCUGAAGUCACCAUUGCCGAGCUCCGCGACCGGGCCGAGAAGCCUGCCGAACCCACCGAUACCUCUACACGCGCGCAAGACGCUGAUGCCAUCGCUGCGCUCAAGUCGGAGCACGAAGCCGCAGUUUCUGCCUUUGAGACUCAGCUCGGCGAGGCCCUGGACGCCCGCCAAGCCCUAGAAAGUAGCUUAGAGGAGAAAACUAAGGCUCUGGAGGAGGCCACGGCCAAUCUCGCUCAGAAUCAGACUGGAGCUUCAGCCCACGAUAGCGCUCUAGCUGAGCUCAAGUCGGGUUACGAAACGUCUGUUGCUGAGCUGGAGAAGAAGAUUGAGGAACUGAGCACUGCUAAUGCCACUCUGACCGCCGCCAGCAGUGACAAGACCAAGUCCGACGAGCAGCUGGCUGCUCUCCAAGCCGAGCUUGACAGCACCAAGAAGGAACUGAGUGACGCCAAGCAAAAUGCUGAGCAAACAUCCGCCAACGUAAGCACGGAGCUAGAGAAGGAGCUUGAGGUCAAGAUUGCGGAGCUUGCCUCGGCAAACGACAGCUUGGAGCAGCUGCAGCAGAAGAACAGCGAUAUUCAGACCUCACUUGCCGACAAGGAAGGCGACAUUGCGAAACUCAAAACUAUGCAUGAUGUACGCAUGAAGCAAAUUUCUCAGGACUAUGAAAAUGAAAUCGAGAGCCUGCGCGGCGAUGCUUUCUUCAAGCGCAAGUACGAAGAACUUGAGAAACAGCACGAGACCCUCCAGAUCUCCUCCUCUGAGCUCGAAGAGCAACACACUGCCCUGAAAACAUCUUCCACCGAAGCUGCCGAGACACAUGCCAAGGAACUUGCGGAUAUCCAGGCCAUGCACGCUGAUGCCGUCGCCUCUUUUGAUGCCAAGAGUGCAGAGCACCAAAGGAUGCUCGAUGAGCUUCACGAAAGCCACGCUCAGGAGCUCGCGAGUGCCAGGGCCGAUGUCUCCUCUGCUGGCGAAUCCCACCUGGAGAGCCUAGAGUCUCUAAAGAAUGAGCACCAAGCUUCUCUGACCGAAUUGCGCGAUGCUCAUGCCAAGGAGCUCGAGGCCGCGAAGGCGAAUGCUUCAUCAGCGAGUGAAUCUCUCACCCAAAGCCUCGAUGUUCUCAAAGCUGAGCAUGAAAAUAUAUUGACGGAAUUACGCAACAGCCAUGCCAGCGAGCUCGAGGCGGCCAAGAAUGAAGCUGCGUCUGCCAGCGAAACUCAUGUAGGAGUUGUUGAGGUAUUGAAAACCGAACACCAGCAGGCUAUUGACGAGCUUCACGAGGCCCAUGCUCAGAAGCUCAAAGCUACUGAGACUGACGCUUCCACCGCCAUUGAAGCCCACCAGGAAAGCUUGAACGCCCUCAAGAUAGAGCAUCAGAAGUUGAUCGACGAUCUUCGUCAGACUCAAGCCAACGAGCUCUCAACGGCCAAGCUCGAUGCCGAUGCUGCUGCCUACUUAAAAUACCAGGCGGAUGUCAAGGGUAUUAAUGCCGAGCACGAGCAGACGCUCAAUGAGUUGCGUGAGACGUAUACCAGAGAACUUGAAGCUGCCAAGGCAGAGCUUUCUUCUGCAAAGGAGACUCACCUUGAACUCGAGGAACUCAAGACCCGACACGAACAGGAGCUGGGAGAAUUGCGUGAAAGCCAUGCCCUGGAACUUGCUGCUGUCAAGGCCGAUACUGCCUCUAGCAGUGACGCUCAUCUCCAGAGCCUCGAUGCCCUGAAGGCCGAUCACGGCAGAGAGCUCGAUGGAGUUAUAGCAGAGCACCUCAAGGCGCUCGCUGAGGCAGACGCGAAGUCUCAGGCUCUCCUAGACGCUGCCAAGGCUGAACACCAGGACAGUUUCGAUCAGGCAUCCACCGAGCAUGAGCAACAGCUUGAGAAGCUCAAGGCACAGCACCUGGAGCAAUUGGAACUUGCCAAGGGUGAUACUGACGCUGCGCACACUGCCAAGUUGGAGCAGCUCACGGCUGCCCACGUUGCAGAUUUGGAGAUUCUCAAGAAGGAGAAAGCCGAAUUGAGCGAGAGACUUCUGGCUCUUGAAUCCGACGCCGCCGCCGAUAAAGAACAGGCUGGCAAGAAACACGCCGAGGAACUGACCGCACUCAAAGCCGAGCUCGAGGCUUCUCGGGCUGCUCUCGAAGAGCUCGAGGCCAGCGAGUCGCACGCUCUUGAAUCUGCUCGCAUUGAACUUGGAGAAAUCCAUGGCAAAGAGGUUGAAAAGCUUAUGAAGAUGCACGAGGAUACCUUGGAAGUCAUGAAGACCAACGGCAUCAAUGCCCGUAAGGACAUGGAGGAAUUGUCUGCCUUGCACUCGACGACGAUAGAGGAUGUCAUGGCUGAGCACCGUCAGACUACCGCUAGCCUGGAGGAGAAGAUUGCCGCCCACAGUGCAUCCAACACUGAGCUGCAGGAGGCCCUGGACUCGGCCAAGGAGGCACUGAGUAAAGCCGAAACUGAAAUCGAGGAUGUUAGCCAACAGCUUGCCAAUGUAAAGGUGGAGCAUAUGACUGCUCUUGCCGAAUUGGACGCUGUCAAGACCGCCAAACCCGAUACUUCCGUCGCAGAUUCGUUGAGGAAGGAAAUGGAGAUCUCGAAGCAGGAAUUUGAGGAGAAACUUGCUUCUAUCACCAGCGAAGUCAAGGGCAAACAGAAUGAGCUUGACGAGACCCUUGAGAAAUUCAAGAAGUCUGACGAGAGUAGCCAAAAACUUCAACAAGAACUCGAGACUCUGCGAGGGGAGACGGCGUCCAAGGAACAGACUGCCAAGUCUGACUAUCGCGACUUGAACGAUAGCAUGACUACUCUCGUCGAAGAGGCAUCAGGCAGGGCCAAGAGGCUCGAGCUGGAGCUUGAGGAGACUGUUGCCAAGCUUCAGUCGUCGGAAAAGAGACUUGAAGAGUUACGUGCUCAGAUGAACGUCAAAGAUGCCGAGUUGGCAGAGGCAAAGGCGAAGGAGACGCCCAGCAAGCCCAAGGGUUUGGCGGCCAGCCGAUUUGCCGCCGCUGGUGAGGAAGAAAAGGAAAACGUGGCGACGGAAGACGGCUCCUCUCAAGGUGAGGGCGAUGAAGAUCACUCCUCGCUAGCACUCGCAUCGCUCUCUCGGGCCCGCUUGACGGCCAAGCAGAUUGAUACUCUUGACCGCGAGAUGCGAGAUCGCAAUCUACAGUGA